UAGGGCUUUUUCUGCUACGUUAUGUUUACUUUGUUAUAGGGAGUGAAAAGGGAAAUAUAAAAAAAAAAUGAUUUUUUAAACUCAACUGGUGUAGUCACCGGACUGUCAUAAACUACUAUUAAAACUGUCAACUGUAGCCUACUGUUAAUUAAUUAUACUAAGUUCUUGGAUGUUAUUCACUGAUGUUAUAUUUAGAAGCAGUCAUGAUGACCAUUCUGAAAUGACAUAAUUUAAAAAUUAAGUCAUUUAAGAAUUAUUAAGCACAACAAUGUGAAACUGAAAUGUAAAAUAAGUUAUCAAAUCUGGCCUAAUGAAGUGACAUCAGCAUCUGAUUGUAGUAUCACAGUACUGUUAGAUCUACUGACAGUAGCCUAGUUAGUCCAGUCCAGUUGAAGAUGAUAAACACCUGAAGCACAAUACUGUUGGCUUAAAGGAACUGUCUCAGUACAAACAUGUGAUCGCAUUUUAAAAUUGUGCUGUAUUUUAUUUACAAGUGUCAAACACUGAUGAAAUAAUUGCAACAGAUUAAGUGUUAUCUUGCAGUACUGAGUUAGUAGUUGAAGAAAAAUGGCAGCAUUAAUGGACUUGGAAAAAGUUCAAACACCUGAGUAUGAAAAUGGUGGUGGACUCUUUGGUCCAGAUUUAGGGGAAUUAGAAAUGUCUACACUAACAUGCAAGACUGCUCUUGUAAGUCCCAGUAAUGAAGAGUAUGACAAUCUUAUGGAAGACAUAAGAACUAGGAUAAUGGAUACACAAGGAGAAACCAUAUAUGAAAUUGGAACAGGGGAUGGAGACAAACCAGGUUUAAAAGAUGAAGACUAUGUCGCAUCAGUUGCAACCUUAAAAAGUAUUGCAGAAUCUCUUGAUUUGGAGUGUGUUUUACUGAGGGAAAGGACAGCAGAGGAAGGAAAAGUUGCAGAGUUUCUUCUGAGAAAAAGGCUGAAUUCUGAAGAUUUUAUGGAAGUUAGAGUGGCUGUAGUAGGCAAUGUGGAUGCAGGUAAAAGUACUCUGCUGGGUGUGUUGACACAUGGGGAGCUGGAUAAUGGCAGGGGUGUGGCCAGACAGAAGCUCUUCAGACAUAAACAUGAGAUGGAAUCUGGCCGCACCAGCAGUGUGGGGAAUGACAUCUUGGGCUUUGAUGCUGCAGGGGAAGUGGUCAACAAACCUGAACAUGGUCAUCUCGACUGGAUUAAAAUUUGUGAAGAGGCAGCUAAGGUUGUAACGUUUAUUGAUUUGGCUGGACAUGAAAGAUAUUUAAAGACAACAGUGUUUGGUAUGACUGGACAUGCACCUGAUUUUGCUAUGUUGAUGAUUGGAGCUAAUGCAGGUGUGAUAGGCAUGACCAAAGAACACCUCGGUCUGGCGUUAGCUCUGAACGUGCCAGUGUUUGUUGUGGUGACGAAGAUUGACAUGUGCCCACCCAACGUGUUACAGGAAACACUCAAACUGCUGACCAGAAUUCUCAAAUCACCAGGAUGUCGUAAGAUUCCUGUUUUAGUACAGAAUACUGAUGAUGUGGUGGUCACAGCCACUAAUUUUACUUCUGAAAGGAUGUGUCCUGUAUUUCAAGUGUCAAAUGUUACUGGGGAGAAUCUAGACUUGUUGAAAAUGUUUUUAAAUUUAUUGUCUACACGUGUGAAAUGUGAUGCAUCUCAGCCUGCAGAAUUUCAAAUAGACGACACAUUUACAGUUCCUGGUGUUGGCACAGUCGUUUCAGGAACUCUCCUACAAGGUUUCAUUAAACUAAACGAUACAUUAUUAUUGGGCCCUGACGCUCUUGGCAUGUUCCAAUCUGUGCCAAUAAAAAGUAUACAUCGCAAAAGAAUGCCUGUUCGUGAGGUACGAGGUGGACAGACUGCCUCAUUUGCUUUGAAAAAGAUCAAAAGAGCAUCAAUCCGUAAAGGUAUGGUGAUGGUGUCACCACGUAUAGAACCAAAAGCUUGCUGGGAGUUUGAGGGAGAAAUUCUAGUCCUGCACCACCCAACAACAAUCAGUGUCAAGUAUCAGGCCAUGGUUCAUGUUGGAAGUGUACGUCAGACAGCAACAAUAAUAUCAAUGACAGAAGACCAUCUAAGGACAGGGGAUAAAGCAACGGUACGGUUCCGUUUCAUCAAGAAUCCAGAGUACCUUAAGACUGACAUGAGAAUGGUGUUUCGAGAGGGCAGAACAAAGGCGGUGGGCAACAUCACCAAACUCUUCCCCCACGUCAGCGCCGUCGCCCAGAACACCAGACACCAGCGGUCAGCGAAAAAGUCCCAGCAGGACAAGCAUUCGGUCAACCCCCAGAAUGAACCUCAGAAAGCCAGCAAGAGAAACAAGGGACUGAAGAAAGGUGGCAUCUUGGAGGAGACAGACGGAAGGGAGGCUAGCACGUUAAGACCUAGUGAUUCUUCUGUCACAAUGUCAGACUCAUCCUCAACAGCAGCAACUUAACAUUUUGAUGUUCACAUCUUGUACACGUUUCUCAACCCGUCAUCUCCUAGAAUGUGUUUUUAAAAUAAAAGUUUAGAUGUUCAACCGAAAAAAAAAAUUUGAUUUUUCUUAAACUCAGUUUUGUUUUGUGACUAAAAGUGUGACAGAUCCAAACUUUGCUUUAAGAAUCCAAAACUUUCAUCACUCAUCUCAUGAUUUAGAGGAAUUUUAUUUGAUGAAUCUACCACAGGAGUAUAGAAGUUUUUUACUUUGUAAAUGUUGUUGCCAUGUGUAGUCACAUUCACUAGUACAAAUGUUUAAACACCCCGGUACACCAUUUGCUAAAGAAUAUUUUAGUCAUGCACUGUUUAACUGUCUAGUCGAUUUUAAUUUAAUUGUGGCCAUAGACAAAAUUAAAUUCUUGUCCAUGUGCUGCAAAAUCAUUGAACACUUUUAAAAAAAAAUGUAAUUAUUCCCCUUUUUUUGCUCUCUUAGGGUGUGUGAUGAAAUAAAUUUUAUUUAUUCUUA